GCGACGAAAUACAACUAGUACAAGAUGAUUAUUUGUAGAAUACUAUUAAUUGUAACAUUCACGAUUGGAAAAUCAGUGGUAGCGAUUCAAAGAACACAAGCUAUCGACUGCUUCCGUCAAAGUUUUCAAUUAAGGUUCUUUAAACCACGACUGUACCAAGCUAUUAUCGUUUACGGAGAUUCCAACGAAACUUCAGCAUCUAUGAAGGAAGUUAUUGACUACAUAUGGACGGAGGUACCGUCCAUAAAAUUGAACGACAGCACCGCAUUCAAUAACUACACCUCUCUGUCCUUGUUGAAUAUAAUUCAAAUCGGAUGUACCAGCAAUUUAUUCGUUUUCGUAUCUAGAUCGAAUCUGUCAUACAUUCUAAACUCCAUAAAUUACGCCUUUGAAAGUGUACACUGGUCGAUGCAUCGACAAAAAUUCUUGAUUGUAACUUCCUCAGAAGUGCGUAGUAGAGAAAUUCUCAAGUACGCCUGGACGAAGUGGCAACUCUUGGGUCUGACUAUUUUUAUAACUACAGACCAUACCAUACACCAGUACAACCCAUUUACAGACAAAUACGAAGUAAAUACCUGCGCAAAGGACAUUGACUGGUUUCCGGACAAACUGAAUAAUCUACAGAGUUAUACCUUGACAGUUCACGUACAGCACGAUCUACCCUUCUGUCACGUUGAACGUAACGAAACGGGUCACGUGAUCGCGAUAGGUGGUACUGAGUUUAAGAUCAUUGAAUUGCUGGCCAAGAUGAUGAGUUUUCGAAUACGAUUUCUGGUUCGCUCUGGUCCUCGGUUCUGCAAUAAUGGAACUGCAGACACCAACUACUGUCUUCACGAGCUCAACCGUCGUCGGGUUGAUUUCUUUGCUAACCAUCGACCUUCUAAAUACGUAAUGCGAACCUUGAUGCUCGCGACCUUCAGCCGAGCACUUUUCAUCAGUGUGGCUUGUCCAAUAAUACCAGUUCUGUAUGAACCCAACAGCAGCCGAAAAUACGCAGGACUGAUGGUCGGUACGGUGGUUUUAUUAUUCGUCAUCACGCGUGUUAGGUUUAGCAAGAGGCUAGAUCGGCGUAUUUGGACGGUGGACAAUAUGAUCAGGAUAUUCCUAAACUUUCCAAUCGACCGGACGGUCAAUAGGUCUGUUGACCGGGUCUUGUUCGUUAGCCUGACCGUCGCCUCGAGUAUUUACACAACGAUACUAUUCAAUGAAUUCAUGAGCAACGCCUUGGAGAUCGAGACGGAGGUCGAGUUCAACGACUUUUGGGAAUUCAAGAAGUGGGGUAUCACUCCGCUGACCGAUUACUCGGUUGCUCCUACGAAUCACUGGAUCUCGUACGGCCCUGGGGCAAGCGACGGAACGAACGCAAGUCACUGGGGCACUAAAGAGAAUUGUCUGGAGCGGUUGAGCCUCUACAAAAAUGUGAGCUGUGUGAUGGGCCAGAUAGAGGGCCAAGGCGAGGUCUUGUACGACACGUCCAUCAGAAACAAAAGAGGUGAGAAGCCCAGUAUGAAGGCGAUGAAGCGAUGCCUCUGGUCAAGCAGGGCCUCGAUUACCAUGCGCAAGGGUUCGCCCUACGUCGGAAGCAUAAACAUCAAUAUCGAGCGUAUAAGGCAGUCAGGCCUCGAUGUGAGGAUGCUCAGAGAGGAUCUCUGGCGACUAACGUUCAACAGCUCCAACAGCGGCAGUGACAAGGAGAGGGCGCAACUGAGCCCCAAGUACAUGUCCUACGUUCUUUUGAACCUAGGCUGGCGGUUGUACUUCCUGAACGCGCUGAUCUUUCUGCUGGAGCUGCUACUCCACAAAGUCAUCUGGUAUAACAAGAAGUGCGAGGAGAUGCGUCGCAAGCUACUGACACUGAGGGUCACCUCAUAACAACAUCGCUGGUCUAUUCAGCGCAGCAAAGGGCACGGCCACGUACAACUCGACGUCCUUGUGCAUGCGCGAGGAAAUUGGCCCGAUGUCGCUUCGUUUAGUGCUUUGUGCAUGAGUAUCGAACGCGAAAUUACGGGUUCGGGAGCUUACACGCGUGGCUAUCGACUCGUCGACGCUUGAGGGAAUGUUUGUGUAGCGCUUGCGAAGACUGUGUGUAAUCGGCCUUUGCGACUCGAGGCUGUUGCCAUUUUCGGUGAUUUUUUUUUUUUUUUUUUUUUUUUUUUUGGAAGCUUAUCGAGCAUAUAAUACACCGAGUGGCUUUGAUUACGCACACACUGAAAAUGACUUUGUUGGAAAAUUCAUUUCCGUCUUCUACGCGUGAAUUUCCAGUUUAUAAUUUUUCCUAAUCACUUGCUGUCACAUAAAUAUCCACGAAGUCUGUCCACGAAAAAUGUAUCCGAGUGAAAGUGUACAGGAUUUAAAAAGAAGUUGUAUCCAAUCGAAUAAAAAUACCGCAAAAGAAGAUAAAAUUGCUUAUUCCCCGCUCUAAGCAGAAAAAUUUCACCAACUCCGUUCUCACUUCCGAAAAUUCCACGGCGUUACGUCGAGCGACGACUUACGACGCUUGUGGGACUUCUGCCACGCACUUGCGGGGACAAGGUCGAGGUCGCCGAUCGUCUUCCAUCCACACUUACACACACACACGUAUAUACCGGAUCAACGGACUCGCGGCCGUUUUCCUCGCGGCUUGAUAUCGAGACACUCGAGC